AUGGAUAGAAGAAAGUCAUGCGUUUUGCUGGCUUUUUUCUUUAUUCUAUUCCUCUCCAUGGAUGCCAAUGGAAAUGGCAAUGGCAACAACAACAACAACAAUGGAAACAAUAACAACGGAAAUGAUGGUGACGCAACAAAUUACAAAGAGCUGGCACCAGCAAAAACGGGAGAGGAGCGAGCUCACUGCAAUGCAAAGGGGGCAUGCAACUCCAAAACCCUUCAGUGUCCAUCUCAAUGCCCGGCGAAGAAGCCCAAGAACAACAAGAAGAAUAAGGGAUGCUUUGUCGACUGCAGUAGCAAGUGCGAAGUCACUUGCAAGUGGAGAAGAGCCAACUGCAAUGGAUAUGGCUCCCUCUGCUAUGAUCCUCGAUUUGUUGGUGGGGAUGGUGUAAUGUUCUACUUCCAUGGAGCAAAGGGCGGAAACUUUGCCAUUGUUUCAGAUGAUAACCUGCAUAUCAAUGCCCAUUUCAUUGGAACUCGACCACAAGGAAGGACUCGUGACUAUACAUGGGUCCAAGCUCUGGCAAUCAUGUUCGACACUCACACGAUUGUCAUUGCAGCAAAGAGAGUCUCAAACUGGGACGACAAUGUCGAUGCUCUCAUUGUUAGUUGGGAUGGUGAAGCUGUUGACAUCGCUACUGAUGGAGAGGCAGAAUGGAGGACUAAUGGUGAAGAAAGGGAAGCUGUAGUUGAAAGAACCGAUUAUGCUAACAGUAUAAGAGUUACCAUUGCUAGGCUGGUUGAAAUAGACAUUAGGGUGAGACCUAUUGGAGAAAAGGAAAACCGGGUUCACAAUUACCAGUUGCCAGCAGAUGAUGCUUUUGCUCACUUGGAGACGCAGUUCAGGUUUUCCAACCUAACAGAUCUUGCUGAAGGAGUAUUGGGUAAGACAUACAGACCAGACUAUGUUAGCCCUGUCAAGAUUGGGGUUCCCAUGCCAAUGAUGGGUGGGGAGGACAAGUACCAGACCCCAUCUCUCUAUUCACCUCUUUGCAAAGUUUGCAGGUUUCAAUGGCAAACUGGGUUCGGUGCUAUAAAAGAACUUGCUCAGUACUGA